AUGGCUUCAAAACCUAUGUCAGGAUCCCAAAAAAGAAAAAGAAAAGCCUUUCAAGAGGAAGAAAACAAGAAGCAGAGAAAUUCGCUUGCAAGUUUUUUGAAAAAGGAAACUAUGAAGCAAGAAAGUGAACAACAAGCAGUCGCUCAAACAUCGGAUAGCAUCUCAGAAAGCAUUACGUUAGAUGUUCAUCUUGCAGACAACAGUCUGGAACCUAGCACUACUAGCUUAUCGUCAUCUAACACAGAAGACCUAGUAGAAAAAAACGAGGCGGGACCAAACUCAUCAUCAUAUAUGUACGGAGAUAUUUCUGCAUCCGAAAUACAUGGCACUGGGCCCACAGGAACAUGGAAAAGAUCAUUUAAAGAGUCAUAUUUUUAUCGUGUGAUGGCGAAUGGUGAAACAGUAAAGCGAGAAUGGUUAAUUUAUAGUGGAACUACAGGGUCAGUUUAUUGCUAUAUUUGCAAAUUAUUCGCCAAAACAAAAACAGCCAUUUCUCUCCAUGGAAUUAAAGCAGGGGCGGUUUGUCCUAUGAGGCAGGGCCGUAUUGACGAAAAACUUGCCAGUCAAAUGAAUGCAGAAAGACAAUAUUGGAGAGAUAUUUUGAAACGAAUUGUGGCAACGGUAAGAUUUCUUGCAACUAACGGCUUGGCCUUUCGAGGUCAUUCUUCAGAUUGUGGAAAUUAUUACAAUUGUUUGGAGUAUCUCAGCGAAUUUGAUCCAUUUUUGGCAAAUCAUUUGAAACAAUAUGGACAUGCUGGAAAAGGUAAUGCAAGUUACUUAUCCCCAUCGAUUGCCGAAGAAUUUAUACAACUGAUGGGAAAGCAAGUUAAAUCAUAUAUUUUGCAGGAGGUAAAAGAAUCAAAAUAUUUUGCGCUAAUUGUUGAUUCUACUCCUGACUUUUCGCAUGAGGAUCAGCUUGCUCUCAUUUUGCGCAUUGUAAAAGUUGAUGGUCAGACCAUUGAAAGAUUUAUAGGUUUCAUUUCAUUAGAUGAUCACUCUAGUAAAAACCUCGAAGAAAUUGUAUUGGAAGCAUUAAAAGAGAUGGAGAUCGAUAUUAAAUAUUGCCGGGGUCAAAGCUACGACAAUGCAUCAAACAUGUCUGGUUGUUACAACGGUCUGCAAGCUAGGAUUAAACAGCAUGCGGAAGAAGCUUUGUAUACUCCAUGCGCGGGCCAUUCUUUAAAUUUGGUUUUGAAUGAAACUGUUGAUUGUUGUAGGGAUUCGGCAAGUUAUUUUGACCUGUUGCAAAAAUUGUACAACUUUCUGUCUUCAUCAACCAAAAGAUGGAAAAUGCUCCAAGAUACUUUCGCUAAAAAUAAAAAGCGAUUAACUGUUAAGCGUCUGUCUGACACUCGAUGGUCUGCUAGGGCAGAUGCUGUUGCAGCUGUAAAAAAUGGCUACAAAGAAAUUAUUGCUGUUCUUAGAAAUAUUGGUUCUGACACUGAGACGAAAGCGUUAACACGUGUUGAAGCUAAUGCAAUAGCAUCUCAACUUGAUAAUUGGGAAACUGCCCUUCAUACUGUCUCAUGGAACAUUUUCAUGACCACAGAACUUAGCAUGACCAUCCGAGUCACGUGGUCUUCCCUUUCUAACGGGUUACAGCUGUGUGUUACAGGUUAUAGGCUCUCGCUUCAGUUAUUUACAAAAUAA